CUUUAUCAUUAAGCUGUCAGUUGCCCUUUUAAACCCAACAACAAGAAUCAGUAGCCGUUCACUUUCCAUUUUUUAUUUUUGUCCAGAAUUGAGCAACAUUUUCUCCCAGGACAGCUGUACGAGUCAUAGGAGUUUAAUAAUAAUCCAUGAGUCCGGGAGGGAAGGUUCAAUAGAGCGUGAGGUGUGGCUUGUCAUAAAUUAAAUGUUUCACCCUCGACCUUGUGGUUGUAAAGGCCAGCGGACCUGCCUUGUUUGUGAGAACAAUUAUGGAGCUUCAACUUCUCACUCCAGUUGGAUUAGUGAAGAAGACCGGGAGCACUCUUAUGUGUAUUGUCCACUGUGUGAACUUGCUUGGCCAGGAUGGGCAACACACAGCUGGAAAAGUCAUCCAAACCAUGAAGGUGACUCUAUCAAAUUCCCUGGAAUAAAAUUAGUAUUAGAUUUUGUAUCAGAAGAAGAAGAAAAUGACCUCUUGACUCACAUUGACGAAAUUCCAUGGGAUUCAUCUCAAAGUGGGCGACAAAAACAGAAUUAUGGACCAAAAUGUAAUUUCAAAAAACGGCGUGUGGUGCCUCAAGCUUCCUCUGGUUACCCGCUGUUCACAAAAUUCAUUCAGAGCCGCUUCAAUACAGUUGAUAUUCUCCAGGGUUUUCAGACUGUUGAGCAGUGUUCUCUUGAUUAUCCAACAGAAAGGGGGGCUUCCAUUGACCCUCAUAUUGAUGAUUGUUGGAUAUGGGGUGAGAGAAUUCCUACUCUCAGCCUGCUGAUUGACUCUACACUUACAUUGAGGAAAUACAUGGGGCCAAACACUAAAUAUAAUCUAACAGACACAAAAAAUUACCCCAUGAUCAUAAGAGAAAAUGGUACUGUUAAAGAUGAUAAAGAAAUUGAAAUGGAACUCAAUGAGCUGUAUCUGAAAAACAAAAAUCUGGAAGAUACUAAAAACAACAAGAAUAAUGCGCCACCUAUAAAGGACAUUGAAAAAGAUGUGGUACGGGUACCCAUGCCACGACGUUCACUCUUAAUUCUUUAUGGCCCUGCCAGGUAUGACUGGGAGCACGGAAUAUUGAGAGAAGACAUACCUUCUAGAAGAGUAUGCAUCACUUAUAGAGAACUAACGCCCACCUAUCUUAGUUAUGGACCUAAAGUAGAAAUAGGUGAGCACAUUCUAAAGGCUAGCAAAUAUUUCUGGGAUCAUGUAAAAUAUUAUAAGUUGGGUACAUAAUUUUAAUAAAAGUUUUUUGGUUUAAA